AUGAGUUUCUUCAAGUCGUUUCGAAAUAAUUACACGCCAAUUUCCCAAAAUGAUGGUCAAUCUCUACCCCAACCGGUUACUCAGAACUCGAACUCGCAGGGUUUCAGAUCGAAGCUUCUGAAACUCAAUCCAUUCAAAACCAACAAUAUCUAUUUGGAAGAUGAUGAGAACUACGUUACACCCGAACCGGGCUACUUUGAAUUGUCCCGGUGGGAUCGGAUGUUAAUUUUCGGGUUGACCUUUGCUGGAAGUGCUUGUUGUUACUUGAUCUGCAUUUUCUUGUUCCCUGUUUUGACAUUGAAACCUAGCAAGUUUGCUCUUCUUUGGUCUUUAGGGUCCAUCUUCUUCUUGGUUAGCUUCGGAGUUCUUCAAGGUUUCAAGCCAUAUAUGGUGCACUUGUUCUCUUCUACGCGAAUUAUUUUUACAAUUGUGUUUGUGACUAGCAUCAUCAUGACCUUGAUAUCUAGUCUUUCACUAAGAUCGGCAUUGCUCUCUAUUAUAUUUGCUGUGAUUCAGCUUUUGAGCGCGAUUUGGUAUACUGUUAGCUAUUUUCCCAUGGGCCAGCAGACAUUGAAUUUGGCAUCUAGCGUGGCGAGAUCCCAGGUUGAGUCUUGGGUAAACUCAUGA